AUGAAGGCGACGGGGUCGCGGGAGGAGCUGAUCGGGUGCAGCGACGACGCGGCGCGGGCGCAGUCGCACGAGUCGCUGCGCGCGCCGCAGGACACGCCCCUCACCGCCACCGAGAAGAAGCUGCUGCGCGAGUACCCGCGGCGCAGCGAGGAGCUGGACAUCAACUGCGUGGACCCCCUCAACCGCUCGGCGCUCAUCGCCGCCAUCGAGAACGAGAACAUCGACCUCAUCCGCCUGCUGCUCGAGGAGGGCAUCCGCGAUGCGCUGCUGCACGCCAUCAAGGAGGAGUACGUGGAGGCGGUGGAAAUCCUGCUGGAGUGGGAGGAGCGCAAGCACAUGCCGGGGCAGCCGUACAUCCUGCUGGACCGCGGCGCCUCGCUGCCCGUGCCGCACGACGUCAGGUGCGGGUGCGACGAGUGCGUGGCGUCGAGCGACGCGGACUCGCUGCGCCACUCGCAGGCGCGCAUCAACGCGUACCGCGCGCUCACGGCGCCGUCGCUCAUCGCGCUGUCGUCGCGCGACCCUCUGCUCACGGCCUUCGAGCUGUCGCGCGAGCUGCGCCGCCUCUCGCACAUGGAGAACGAGUUCCACGACCAGUACGUCGAGAUGAGCGCGCGCUGCCAGGACUUCGCGACGUCGCUGCUCGACCACGUGCGCACGUCGCUGGAGCUGGAGGUGCUGCUCAACCACUGCCCCGACGGAGACCCCUGGCAGCCCGGCGAGCGGCAGACGCUCGAGCGACUCAAACUCGCCAUCAAGUACAAGCAGAAGAAGUUCGUGGCGCACCACAACGUGCAACAGCUGCUGGCGGCCAUCUGGUACGAGGGGCUGCCGGGCUUCCGCCGCAAGGGCAUGGCCAAGCAGCUGUUCGAGGUGGCCAAGCUGGGCUCCAUGUUCCCCGUGUACAGCGCCAUCUACAUGUUCGCGCCCAACUCCCGGAUGGGCCAGUUCAUGAAGAAGCCCUUCGUCAAGUUCAUCAUCCAUUCCUCCUCCUACGCAUUCUUCCUCACGCUGCUGGCGGCGGCGUCGCAGCGCGUGGAGGUGCUGCUGCUGGAGUGGAUGGGCACGCGCUGGAUGCGCCGCCUGCUGGAGGAGUGGCACCGCAAGGAGCGCGGCUCCCUCCCCGGCCCCGUCGAGUUCUGCGUCAUGGGAUACAUCCUCAGUCUCAUGUGGUGCGAGAUCCGCGCCCUGUGGAAAGACGGGCUGCUCGAGUACAUCACGGACCUGUGGAACAUCGUCGACUUCAUCACCAACUGCUUCUACAUGAUCUGGAUCUGCCUAAGACUCACUUCGUGGUAUAUUGUUCAGCGCGAGGCGGCGAGCGGGCUGAACCCGUGGUACCCGCGCGAGCGCUGGCACCCGUUCGACCCGAUGCUGCUGUCGGAGGGCGCCUUCGCGGCCGGCAUGAUCUUCAGCUUCCUCAAGCUGGUCCACAUCUUCAGCGUGAACCCCCACUUAGGCCCUCUCCAAAUCUCUCUGGGCCGCAUGAUCAUCGACAUCCUUAAGUUCUUCUUCAUCUAUUCUCUCGUACUGUUCGCCUUUGGAUGCGGAAUGAACCAACUGCUUUGGUACUACGCCGAUCUGGAGAGGAGCAAGUGCUACCAUCUGCCCACUGGCCUGCCGGACUACGACCACGAGGACAAGGCGUGCUCCAUCUGGCGGCGUUUCUCCAACCUGUUCGAGACGUCGCAGUCCCUGUUCUGGGCGAGCUUCGGGCUGGUGGACCUGGCCAACUUCGAGCUCACGGGCAUCAAGAGCUUCACGCGCUUUUGGGCUCUGCUCAUGUUCGGCUCCUACUCCGUCAUCAACAUCAUCGUCCUGCUCAACAUGCUCAUCGCCAUGAUGUCCAACUCCUACCAGAUCAUUUCGGAGCGAGCGGACACCGAGUGGAAGUUCGCGCGCACGCACCUGUGGAUGAGCUACUUCGAGGAGGGCGACACGGUGCCGCCGCCCUUCAACAUCAUCCCGACGUCCAAGGGCGACGCGGAGCGCGGCCAGGCGCAGGAGCGCCACGACACGGUGAUGCACCUGCUGGUGCGGCGCUACGUGACGGCGGAGCAGCGCAAGCGGGACGAGUUCGGCAUCAGCGAGGACGACGUCAUGGAGAUCCGCCAGGACAUCUCCUCCCUGCGCUACGAGAUCAUCGACAUCCUGCGCACCAACGGCAUGCGCACGCCCAACAUCGACCCGCAGGACACGCAAGUUGGGUAUGUUGGAAAGAAUAAAUUGCACCGUUUCAUGCAUACUCCCCCAUACAUCUUGACUCCACGCAGGAGCAAGUACUUCGCAAUUGCAGCAUCAAAUCUUAUUUUUAAAUAA